UGUAGUUGACGUUCAUUCUGUCGUAUCGUGUUCUGUCAAGUUUUUCACUUGCCGGGUUUGAGUGCUGUAGUGUUUAACCGGUUAUAAAGGAUGGUAUCUAUAUCAUACUGUGUCAAUGGAUCUGUGACAUCCCACCUCAUAACCCUAAUACAUACAUCGCUACCUACACGAUUUAAACUGUUUACUGUCAUGACAAAUUAAUCUUGCUAAUCUACCAUCCCAAUUGUACAUUUUAAAUUGAUCUAAGUGAAAGUAUUUUGUGUGUUCAUUGUUGUGCUUAGUAAAUUGGUGAUUUUACUACAAUAGUGUUGAUGAUUCAAAAACGUAGUGUAAUCAAAUGAAAGAUUUAACAUACAGCCAGUGUUUGAAUUUAAAUUUUAAAAAGGCAAACGGACAACUUAAUAUAGGUUGGUUGGAGUUUGACAGCAUGUAGCCGUUGACUUGAGUUGUAGCGAUGGAUGACACGGAGAUACAGGAGACCGUGGAGAGUAUCCUCGGAAAGGGGGUGAAGGUGGUGGACUGUGAGAAGAAGUCCUGUGUCAAGGAAGAGGAGGUGCUGCUGGUCAACGGAUGUCCCAUCAAGCUAGAGGGCGAGGACGGUGCCGCUAUCAGGGAGGCGCUGCUGCACGGUACAGUCCCUCACUGCGACCUCCUCAACCAGAUCCUGGUGCGGGCGGGGAUCCUGCGGGCGCCGGUGAGGCUGGAGACGAGCCUGAGUGUCAAGAGUAGUGUUGUGACGAGGGAGGAAGUGAGUGUGUCGCGAGGAGGACAAGUGGUGGACGAGAGGUCCAGGGAGACCAAAGAGGACAACUUCUACACCAGCACGACUAGUGAGGUGUGGGAGCCUGUAGGGCUCAUCCCCGACCCGAGCCGGAGUCGGUCCAAGAUAGACUCGUCGACGUCGACCUCGGGGUUCCCCCAGGAUUACUCCAGCUCUUCAGCGUCGUCCUCUAGACCCAACAGUGACGCUUCUACGACCGCCGAGUCGCCACUCUUCACCUCAUCUAGUCACGUGUGGAAGAACCCUUCCAGGAGUACGUCCUCCUCGUCGGAACCGAGGAAGAGUGAGAGUCUUUCCACGACAUCCUCAUCACAUUCCCCUACUACAUUUACGGACUCUGAGGACCAGACGGAUUGUGCAAGUGUUGAGCUCCUAGGAGGACUUUCCCUAACUCCAAAAUGUCAAGGAGGUGUCCGACUGUUGCCCAGAAACUCAUCGGUCAAGUCCCUUCAAACGUACACACCCCCACAGGUCUCCAUCGGCACUCCCGUUUUGCUAACACUGUGUGACCUGUGA